AUUCACCAUUGCAAAAACUGUUGUGUUAUAUAUAAAAAGCCUGACACAAAACUUUCUUCCAUCUGAUUCAACAAAGAGGUUUGAAUUAGAUGAGCAAACAUUAAGAAUUCUGCUUUCAAUGCUUUCCAAAUCACUAAUGGUAAGGAAUAAUGGCACAGAAGAAUACAUGCAGAUGUUAACUGAUGGAAUUAGAACUACUACAGAACUGCUACUGAUUUAUACUCUGUCCAACAACAGAACUAAUGUUAAAUUAAUUACUGAUUUUAUGGAGCUUGAUACAUUCCAGUCUCAAGAUUUCCAAAACUUUGUAAGGAGAGCUGGUCCCAUCACUUUUUAUCUGCCUGUCAGUUUAUCAUCUCUAGCUGACCUCAAUGAAAACUGCAUUAUCAGUCAAGUUAUAUUCAUUAAGGGAAACCCAUACAACUGGGGUGAAUCAUCAGUGAAGAUCAAUGAAAAUGUUGCCGACUUAACUCUGUACAGCUGCAAAACCAGAAGAAAAAUUGAUGUGAAUGGAUUAACAUCACCUGUCAUUAUAGAGUUUCAAAAAAGUAUAAUCAAUGAGACAAGUGAAUUGAAUUUUUCACUACUUCAGAACAAAAUGAACAUUCAUCAAUUUAAUGUGACAUCAGAUAAACAAACAGAAUAUCUUCAAAUUACCCUGAAUUUCACCAGACCUCCUGAACGAGUAUUUCCCAUCAUGAUUUUGUUCAGAAAGUUUGAGAGACCGACUCCUCAAUUGUACAACUUUCAGCAAGUCUUCAAGUGGAAGGGCAACACUGUUCAGCUUUUUUUAUCUCCUGAUUUACUCAAUGCUAAGGGAAGUUAUUACCUUGCACUUCUAAGUGCUAACUAUGACAGGAAACCCACUAACAAAUAUACUGCUUCUGCAGUAAGCUACUAUCUUAGUAUUCAGUGGAUUAGUUGCCUGUAUUGGGACAAUGUUAAGGAAUGGAAGACUGAUGGCUGUUUGCCUAUGCAAAGCUUAUCAUCAAGUAAACUAAACUGCAGUUGCAACCAUUUAACAAUUUUUUCGAUGUCAAGUCGUGAAGCAAGAAACUGUUUUGAAUCCAUCUAUGUGAGUCCAUUUCAAAGCCAUACAGAUAACUUGGUUCCAUGCAUUGUGAUAUUUCUUACUCUGAUCUUUUACAUACCCCUUGCUUUCCUCUGCAAACGGUUUGACAUCCAAAACGAAAAGAAACGUGCUCCAGUAUACCUGCAAGAUAACAACCCUUCAGACAAGCAGCUGUAUGCAAUUUGCAUUGAUACUGGUUUCCGGUCAAGGACAUACACCACAGCAAAGAUCUAUAUUGUGUUGCAUGGUGAAGAUGGUGUCUCCGAGACCAGAGAGCUGCACUGUCCACAGAAGACCUUGUUUGAAAGAAACUCAAGAGAUAUAUUUAUCAUGAGCACUCCAUAUACCUUGGGCCCAAUAUGGAGAAUUCAGCUUUGGCACAACAAUGGUGGUCAUUCUCCUAGCUGGUACUUGAGCCAUGUGAUUGUCAAGGACUUGGCAGACAGUACAUGUUGGUUCUUUAUGGCUGAAACUUGGCUGGCAGUGGAUGAGGGGGAUGGUAAGGUGGAACGAGAUCUGACCCCCCUUAGGAAAUGCCCAGGAUUUAAAAAGGUUUUGUACUGUAAACUGACAGAAUUCUUAGAAGAUUUCCAUAUAUGGGCAUCUGUUUAUAGUCGUCCAUCUCACAGCCACUUCUCCCAUUCACAGCGUCUUGCUGUGUGUCUGUUUCUGUUUUUGGGCUAUAUGACUUUAAACUCUGUGAUACUGUUCAUAAAAGAUGAAGAGUACUCAGCUGAGUUGGGCCUAAUCAAUACCUCCACAGUUUCUCUGAUUACUGGUUGUUUCAGUGUUAUUGCUGUGCUGCCUGUUGGACUUCUGUUGUCUCUACUUUUCCGAUUCAGCAAGGUAAAAUUCAACAAAGAGUCACCUGUGGAACAGCUGUCCUCUACAGAAGCAUCAGCAAUCUACAAUGUAGAAGUUAAUAGGAAUUCUGUUAUAUUGCAAGAUGGCACAUUUGAAUCCUAUCUCUCAUGGCAAAAUUUACAGAUGUGGGCAGAAGAAGCUUGGAAAAAAAAGUAUGAGCAUGGCCUUUCUGAACAAGCAUCUCAUGUGUAUAGCAAAACAUUUAGGAAGGAAACAGGUCUUUACUCUUCUGAUGGCUGUUCCAGUGGCUUUGAAGACUGUAGCUUGCCAGAAAGUAAAGUUCCAGGCAUUAUCUCUAGUAACGACCUCUGUUCAGUCUAUUCUUCUGAACAUGGAAGAUUUUAUGAGCAGCCAGUUUUUAGUGACAAUAAAACCUUCCUUCCAUAUUGGUGUCAAUAUGCAGCAUGGUCUAUUUGCAUACUGUUAUCUGUAAUAUGCAUUGUGGUCACUGUGUGCGUGGGACUGACGUUUAAUUUGACCAAAAGUAUUUGUUGGAUACAUUCUUUAUUUUUUUCACUGCUGUUUUGCAUUUUUGUUCUCCAGCCUAUUCUGAUCUUUAUAACUGCACUGGCAGUGACUCUGAAAUGUAAUGAAAUCAGUAAUAUUUAUGUGGGCUUCCAUAAGACUAACCCCAAUUUUGAAUCUAGAAAAUGGCAGCCCUCUAAAGAUUCUUGCCUGUCUAAAAAGUGUUUGCCCACGUUUGACCACAAGCAUCUUGCAUCAUCCUUGGAUUAUGACAAGCUCAUAGCUGCACGUCAGAGAGCACGAUACCUUCGCCUUGUUCGACCACCAUCCCUUCUACAACUAAGAGAAGCACGAGAAAGAAUACGGAAAGAAACACUGAUACAGCAAACACUCAGAGAGAUUAUACUUCAUACUCUACUGCUGCUGCUGCUCUUGUUUAUAACUUAUGGGAGAUUUUCCACCAAUCAAAAUCUUGUAAAUAGGGCAAUUCACCAUAAUUUCAUAAGAAAUGCAAAGAAACCAUUCACUGAGCUGAACAGCACUGAGGACUGGUGGAACUGGAGCUUCACUUCUUUAAUUAAUGGACUGUGUUAUGAUUCCUUCUGCAAGAACGCUGUUACCAACACAGAGGCAGUACCAGCUAGAGGAUUGUUUAAGUUGAUUGGUGAACCAGUGCUUUGGAAAAUUCAUGCAUUUGAUAAAACUGACUGCAAUAUUGUACGUGUUUAUAAAGACUUCAGUUUCUCUAGUGUUCCUCCUGAUAAUUCAACUAUCUACAAUACAAGAAAGCAGACUUUUGUAGGAAUAUUUCACCUCUGUGGUCAGAUUGAAUGCUACAAUGAAAGAAAAACUGCACUGACAUUAGGUAGAACAAGAACUGAAAUGAUUGACACAUUGACACAACUGAAGUCUGUCGGCUGGUUGGACAAAAAUACCAAGGCAGUCGUGGUCCAGUUCACUCUUUAUAAUCCUCCUAGUAAUUUGUUUACCACUGUAUCACUUUUAAUGGAGAUCUCAGCAGGGACUGUCUUUUCUUCUACAUUAAUAGAAUCAGCCAAUGUGUACCAAAUCAUCUCAAUUUGUGACUACUUGAUCAUGGCUUUUGAGCUUCUUUUUUUGAUUUUGAUUUUUCUUCAGCUUUAUUUUCAAAUAUGUACAAUGAUUAUAAAAGGAUUUAUUGUUUACUGGCAAGAAUCAUGGAACUGGCUGGAGAUGGUGAUCAUUAUUACUGGCCUUUUCCGUUUCCUUUAUUACAUUUAUCAAUUUCAUUUGGUGAUGGAAGUAAUUGAUGAACUUCAGAAGCAAAACUUUAUGACAUUUAUUGAUAUUAGAAUUUUAUCCUAUGUGGAGCAAUUCACUCGUUCCCUCCAGGGUAUAGUUAUAUUCCUGUUUCUUAUCAAAUACAUUCAUUUGUUUCGAGUUAAUAAAGUGAUGGCUCCAUGUGUGGCAAGGUUACGUCUUUCUAGCUUCAAUACAGUAAUCUCUGUGUUAACAGGCCUUAUCAUCAUCAUUGCAUACACCUGCCUUGGAAAUUUACUUUUCAUGAGUGCAUUCCAUCCAUUCAGUACCAUUAAGAGGUCCUUCCAGACUUUGCUCUCACAGUUCCUUGGGGCAAGUGAACUGAAGACUUUGUCCUCUUUAUAUCAUACACACCAGCUAUCUGUAACCAUUUUCAGUGGAACUUUUUUCUUCAUCAUGACAAUUUUUUGGACUGCAAUGAUGAUUGGAACUUUUACUUCAUUUUCACAUGAUGCCAAGAAGUCUUCUAGAAGCAAACAUUUUGUCACUUUCAAAGAGGUUGUGAUUUAUGCCAGAGAGAGAUUUUUUAAUUAUAUUUGUGGAAGAGGACAAAAGUUAUUUGACAGUUAUUCCAUAAUGAACAAUAACCAUUACCUGGAUGAAUUUGAGACCCUGAUGGACGAACUGCUCUUUAGGCUAAAUUCUUUAUCAAACAGCUUAUAUCAUUUUCUCCCUGCAAAGCAGAGAUUAUGUCUAGAAGAAGACAGCACCAUAGCAUAUCAGUCAGACUGCUACUUUACCCAGGAUUCAGAGAAUUCGCUUUUAAAUGGAGACUGUUUUGAAACACCAUUCCAUAACUUUCAGCAGGACAUGUUGUUGAGAGACCAUCUGCAAAUGUAUGAAUUGUUUAUGCAAAGUGCCAGUUGUCUAAAUCAUAGCUUAAUGAAUCAAAGAGUCAGAUCAGAAAUGGAGGAGGCUGCUUUUCAUCAUCUGCAGAUGAACAAACUUUCCAGGGCAGUCUUAGGUUACUCCUCACACAAUAAUUUAGGUCAAGCUCAGUCGCAAAAUGCAUUGGAUUCUUCAUCAAGCACCACAAAACAUCAAAGUCUUAUAGAAGCAACCUCACAAAGCUUAGCCAUUUUGAAUUCAUGUGAAGUGGCACACCAGACCCAGAAUCUAAAUUCCAGCCUUUCAGUAAAUCAUGAAUUAUAUAAUCUUAGUAAACUUGGCAAUGCAUUUCCACAUAUUUUAUGUGGAAUAAACUGCUCAGAGAAAGUGUUCUUGAUGCCAACAAUGCAGCAGCCCAUUUCUGCUGGUCUUACUGCCAAGGGCCGUAAACUAUUGAGAAGAUCCCAGACUACAGUAAUAAACCCUUUCGAAAUCCAGAGAGAUCUGACAAAGGGUAUAGCUGAAAAUAAUGGUAAAUGCACCAGGAAGUCAGGAAAAAAAGAAGGGCUGGAUAAACAAAACCAUUGUCAACAAUACUGAUUUUUCAUCAGUUGGAAGCAAAAGAAAAUAUCAAGGAGGUGAAGAAACUGCAAUAUCUAAAACAGAAUAUGAGGAACAAAAAACUGAAAAUGAAACUUGCUGAAUUUCAGCUCUAAAUGAUAAGAGAGACACUUGUAUGCAGAAAGAUCACUUGGAUCUGCCAGGGUCAAUAAGACCCUGCUGGUGACAGAAUGAGUGGCCAGUUUGAUUUAAUUGAACUUUUUGAAAAAGCUAUUUAAAAAAAAAAAAAACCCCAGGUUGAUUAGUGAGAUGGUAUAGACUCUUCCAAUUUCUGUAAAUAACAGUUUAAUUUAAUUUGAAAAAGAAAAUCCCCAAAAAUACAAAACACAAUAGUGCUCAUCAUUCUUAUGUGUAAAAUUGGGUUUUACCCUCUGAUUCAGCAUAUUUUAGCAAACAUUUGUAUAAAAAUAAUUUUAAUAAUUGCAACAUUUAUUAGUAUAACUGAAAAUCGAAAUUGAAAAAUAUUUGUAAUAUUUCAAUUUAGUGUUUAUCUGAACACAUACUAUGAUUAUCAUUUCUGGUGU